AUGUCUCUCCCCCAGCCCGUCCCCCCGUCCUGGAAGGACCUCGGCAAGUCCUCCAAUGACCUCUUGAACAAGGACUUCCCCUUCAACGGCGUCGCGCUCGAGGUCAAGACGAACACGCCCUCCAACGUCGCGUUCCGCGUCACCGGCCACCAGGACGGCAAGACCGCCCUCAUCGGCGGCGACCUCGAGGGCAAGUACUCCGACAAGAAGCACGGCCUCACCUUCACCCAGGCGUGGACGACCACCAACACCCUCCGCACCCAGAUCGAGCUCGAGAACCAGAUCGCCAAGGGCCUCAAGCUCGACCUGAGCACCGCGCUCACCCCCGACAAGGGCUCCAAGAGCGCCCUCUUCACGUCCACCUACAAGCAGCCCGGGCUCCACACCCGCGCCUUCCUUGACCUCUUCAAGGGUCCGACCGUCACCGCAGACACCGUCAUUGGGCGCGACGGCUUCCUGCUCGGCGCGGAGGCGUCGUACAACGUCACGGAGGGCAAGGUGACCAAAUACGCGACCGCGGUCGGCUUUUCCGCGCCCGAGUACGCCGUCACGCUGCACGGGCUCGGCAACAUGAGCACGUUCGCUGCGAGCUACUACCACCGCGUCUCCCCCGACGUCGAGGCGGGCGCCAAGGCCGUCUACGACACCAAGGCGACCACCGCAGGCGUGAACCUCGAGGUCGGCGCGAAGGCGUACCUCGACGCGGCGGCGUUCUUCAAGGCGAAGAUCAACAACUCGGGCAUUCUCGCCCUCGGCUACACCCAGUCCCUCCGCCCCGGUGUGAAGGCAUCGUUCGGCCUCGCGCUCGACACGCAGAGACUGAACGACAUCUCGCCCGCUGGCCCCGCGCACAAGGUACAUGCAUAUCUUCGCAUAUGGAUCGUGCAUUGA